CUACGCUUGCUGGUGCUUCUAGCGCGGUAUCGCCUCUAAGCGCAAGGCUGUGAAAUCACGCACAGUCCAUGGGACAACUGUGAAAUUUGAGCGGUGACCUUAACAUUAUAUGGCAUAGAAAUGAAGAUAAAGGUGUAGUGCAAAUCUCUUAAAGGGCUUUAAAGAAUCUGUACCGAUUGUUUUACGCCUAAAAAUUACUCUGAAAACACGCCUUCAAUCCGAAAUCAAAAUUACUUUUCGGCCCUCGGUGAACUCUUAAAUGCUUUUCGUAAACAGACAGCCCUCGAAUAUCUUGAGUGGUUCUCAAAUAGCGUUUUUUUUAUAUUAUUAUUGAACCUCCGCACACCGUAUGUGUGUCCAGGUAGGCUGGGCCCCAAAACUACUUUCAAAAAACGAAGUCUCGGUCUCGGCAAGUAAGAGUUUCUCCCCCCGUGGUCGCGGUUGGCAACACUGUAGCGACACUAUGGCAACGCCGCGGCACACGCGCGUCCUUGGGCGGAGACUGCAAGCCACGCAGCGCGCGCUGGUCCGGCCCGCGGCCGCCGGCGGCGCUGCGAGCGGCAUAUCGCCCGCCGGCGGCCUGCGGUCCAGAUGUUUGCUCGCGGCCUCGUCCAAGUGAUGGAGAGCGAGGCGGAUCGCUGGAGCGGCUCCACGGCCAGCCCCGGGCCCUACCAACCCACCAGCCCCAGCUUCUUCGUGGACUCGGCCCUGCCCAGCGACGACCACCACAGCUCGGAGGAGGAGCUGGAGGUGAUCAACAGCAGCCAGCCGGUGGCGGUCGCCUGCCGCGCCUCCAGCGUCACCGUGCCCGAGAAGCGCAAGUGGUCGCAGAUCACGGCCGACCACCGCCACGCCGCCACCAUCGCCGCGUCCGUGUCGUGCGGCAACCUGGCGCCCAGCGGCGGCGCCGCCGCCUCGGCCGCCGCCCGACCCGCCCCCGCGACCCCCUGCCCCGCCGCCGCCGCCGCCGCCGCCGCCGCCUCGGCGCCCAGCCACGACCACAGCUGCGGCUCGUCCGACGAGGAGGUGCAGGGGCUGCUGUCCGCGCCCGUGCAGUUCCGCACGUCGCCGCCGCUGGACGCGCGCAAGCCGGGCCGCUCGCUGUCGCCGCCGCCCAAGCUGUUCCACCUGUGCUCCGCCGCCGCCGCCGCCGCCGACGUCAGCCCGCGCAAGAGGCACCGCCACACGCCGCGCCCGCGGCCCUGCCUCGACUUCGAAAAGAUGCAGCAGCUGAAGGCGCGUUCGGUGACUGCGUGGAGGCAUGGCGGCGACCACGGAGGCGGCGAAAGGUCCGUCUUUUGCUGGUGAAGCGCCGCCCCUCGCGUCAGGGGAACCAAUCAAAAACUCCUUCCGCCGCCACGCCAGACAAGAGACCUUCAACACCAGCGGUCGUCUGCGUGGUUUGUCUUCUGAAACAUUUUUCAGCAGAAGAUUUUGUCCGGAAAAUAAUAUUUUGAAAGAAAAAAAAAUUGGAAAAGUCCUGUCUUCUUCGAUUGUUUGAUUGUUCUCACUUUGUUGGUAUACAUAACAUUUACAUUUUUCUGACACGAGUUUUGGAGUCGGGGAUAAUAUGCCGGAAUUGAGUGCAAUGUUGUUUUGUGUGUGUAUGCGUGUUGCGAGGGACAUACCGGUAUUUCUACAAGCGCAAAGUGUAUUUAAAGUUGUGGCCUUGCAAUGGUAAUGGUUUUUUUAAGGUUUUCCACUGUAUGGGGUACGAUGCGCGACGGCUGUUCUUUCAUCCCCGGUCAUCUGGAGCACUAUUUUUGAGAGGAUGUGGAAGCUCUUGACAUAGCUCCCAUUUGUAUUGUAGCUGUCGUGUGGGACAGAAUCUACAUGUAAAUAGACGUAACGUUUGGUUGACGGGACCCUGAUUGAAAAAAAAAAUACUUAGUCUCGUUUACAUCAUAUUUUUUGACGUUCAGAACCAUUUCUUUGCAGGGUUACAAUAUGUUUAGAUAGGAGGAUAUAAACAUUUGUAAGAAAUAUAUAUUACAUAUAUUAAUACCAAUACUUGCGAGGUGGUGUGUAAAGCAUGCUCCCACGGUUUUUGUUUUCAAAAAAAUUAAUAAUUUUUUAAUAUAUUUGUGAUGAUUUCUUAAUGUGUAGAAGUACUUCAACGUAAAAAUUCACAUUUUAGGCAUAUACUGUAUAGGAGUUAUACGUAAUGUUCCAAGAAUCUGGAGAUUUUCAGUUAAAGUAUUUGUAUUCAUAACAUAUUUCGCACACUGGAAGAUUUUGUAAAGAAAGGAACAUGUCUAGCGAGUGGAAGAGCUUACAGUUGUGUGGUUUUAUUUGAAAGGCAGUAUUGCUAAAUACAUGGGUAUUAAUUUUAACUGAAUGUCAAGAAUUUGGUUCCCAGCAUUGAUAUGUUAUACUGUACAUUAAAAUGUUCUUCUCAAGCUGUGAAUAUAUAUGUGCUUGCAAUAACCAUAGUUUGCUGGUAGUUCCAGAAUAAAGGACAAGAUAAUUUUUUGUGCUGGUAUGUGAAAGAAUUUUGCGGUCCAUUUGAAAUUCACUUGGAAGUUAAGGUUUUUUUGUUCAAUAGUGCAUGCAUUGUCACAUUACCUGGUAAAAUAUUAGAUUAAGUUUUCAUCUGAGGUUUACUUGGUUUGUAAAGUGUAGUUUUCACUUACGAACGUAUUUUCGGCAACUAUUGUUCUACCACUUUUAGUUUUCGUCUUAUACUUGCAGAAUAUUUUAUGUACCCUUUUAUCUCUUAAAAAUGAUGUAAAACUUCAAUGGAAUUCGGCCUGCGUUACAGUGGUUGAGUUUAAACGUUAAAUGAUUUUGUAUGGAAUGUUAUGUGUGCGUGUUAUAACCAAGCAUUGUUUUCGUGUAUGUUCUUUGUUGUUUCCUGCAUAUUUUUUUCCUUUUCUUUAAAGUGAUCUAUUAGGGGUAUGAAUACUCCCUGAUUUCUGUUUGUUGGAUUCGCUGUAGGAACACCCACCUGGUUGCAACGCGACGUAACGAAUUUCCGUCCCAAUUCGAAUAUUAUAUUUUAGAAUUUCUCAUGAACGUUUACACAUAAACUUGUGUAAUAAAUGGAUUUAUAACAUGUUCUUUGUCAAUUUAUCCUUUACAUAUGUGAUUUGGUUGCUAAAACUAAUGAAAUGUAAGAAAGGAAAAAUAAAAUGUGUUUUUUUUUUUGUUUCGUGGUUACGUUGCGGAGGUUACAGGUUAUUUUGCUACAUUUUUUGUAGGUCGCAACGUUUCUGGUUUUUAACAUUUAUCGAACGGUAUCCAAGCGGCAUUCAAUUGAGGAGAAUGUCUGAUUAAAUAGAUUAUUGUCUCUCAAUUUAGGGGAAAUGUCGCGUAUAGACUUACUAUGCGUGUUUUCUUGUAUGUACUUUCAAGUUGUAGCCUUGGGUGUGUUUCCUGCAGUGAGCUAAGACUAGCGGUAAUGUGAUAGCAGUUAUUACAUAGUGAGUUUUCGAGUUCUUGCCAUUACCACUAGGAUUCCCAGAUGCUUCAUUUACGCAACAGUACUUAAAAUUUUCAUGAUAAAAUUCGUCGGAAUUAAAAGCAAGCAUUUUCAUCUUAUCCAUUCUAUUAAAACUGAAAUCUUGGAAACCACUUCACGGGUAUUGUUGAGAGCCUAUUAAUGUUUUUGUAUAUAAUAUAAUUCGUUGAACUAGUGAUUUACCAUUUUUAUCUGUGGUUUCUUUAGCUAAAAUAAUUUCUAAUUGCGAAUUUCCUUGCUCCGGGUACUUAUUUGAAGUUCAUUUCACUGUGUUACAAAUAUGUUGAUGGGUAAUGAAAACCCUGGUAAUUUCACGGUGCUGAUAAACGUAAAUAUUUAAUGAAGCACAACAGUAACUCCUAGGCCUAGUUAUAUGUUUUCUCUGCCAGGUUUUUUUUUCUGAAGACCACACUACCUAUAUAUCAAUGUAAUAUUUUUAAUAUAGUUUUGUGUAAACAAUUACAAACAAUUAUUUUAAAUGCCUAGGCGUCACUAAGCCAUAUAAAUAAAUACAGUAAAAUUGCCGAACCCUUCAUAGUAAUCAACUGUAAAAUUUAUAUAUAGGCUAUUAAAAAAUUUUAAUGUUAUUCUUUUUAAAAUUGAAUAUUAUUGUAAGUUAGGUAAGUUUAUUUUGUGAACUAGAUAAAACUUUUUGUUUCUCGAAAGACUUUGUGGUCCCUAAACUUUAUUCUCCAAAACUUUUUUAUUAUAUUAAUAAAAAGGUUAUGACUUGUUUUGUACAGUUCUGUUCAAAAUGGUUUCCACGAUGAAAAAAAUAAGGAAAAAAACAUUCACAUAAAUGAUUUUGUUUAAUUUAAUGCUUGUUUUAAUAUUCUGAUUUUGAAACUAUUUAUUUUAUUUUUAGUGAAUGGUAUUUCAUGGAUUAGAACCGUGGUUUGAAUCUCUUACUGGUAUACGCCUUGUUUUAACUUGUUAACAGUGGCGGACCAGCACAUGCGUAUUGCUAUUGGGCAAGUAGGCGAUAUGGGGGUAAAUAUAUGACGGAGCAGCCAACCCCUAGAGUAGCGUUCAAGGAUGUUCAGGCCGUGGAGAUUAUAAGCUGCGGAGCGAGUGUUUCCUGUUCAUCGAGCAUGUAUCGCGCUGCAUGUCUUCGCAUUAACAAUACUGUGUGCUGUGAGACAAACAAUAUUGUUAUGUCACCACUAAGUUAAAAUGACAAGCUCUUUAGAGACGUGGGCGGCCGCGUUAGCUAUCGCUCAUGUUGUGAGGAGGGGGGGGGGGUUUAGAGUUUUAAUGCCUUAGCACGAGUCAAAGUUAUAAUAACCUAAUUGUUUUUUUCCCCAAGUGGAGUUCCAGUCUGCUUAUGCCUUUGCACAUGACCGUGAGACGUAGAACCAAAUAAAAACAAAACGUUGCUUGCAAACCAUCCAACCCCCCCCCCCCCUUUUAAUGACAACUGUGCAAAUUUAUUUUAGUUUGACACUUAUGCCAGUAGAAAUAUUUUUUAGGGCACUGUCCGCCCCCCCCCAAAAAAAAAGACAGCGUCUCAAAAAGAAAGUGAAAGAAGCUUAUGUUUCUGGUGUAGAGACGAAGACCAUAAAGCACGAUUAGAGAUGCCACGGCGGAUAUAAUAAAAAAUUACUCUAAUUAACAAAAAAAUAUUGUGGGCCUUAAAUAACCUGCCCCCUGGCUUGAGAAGAUUGCGUUUUAGGACCGUGAGGUGUCUCGUGGACAGCAUCUGUUCUGUUUAGAAAAAAAAGAAAUAUAAGGGAAAACAUUAUGCGCAAUGUGUAAAGAUGUCACCUGGGAAUCUUAGCCGAACUUUUAUUUCAUAAAGACUGAUCUCUGUGGCAGGCAUUGAAAGAGCGUUUAAUUGAUCUCAUGUGGCUAGAUUUGUAGCUGGUCAAGCACUGGAAGAAUUCUUGUGUUUUCAACAUGUUUUAUAUAUAAAUAUGGAUUUCUAAAGGAAGGUUUCUGUUGCUUUCUACCGUCUUACAAAUUGACGUGUGACUGGAUUGUGAGUUGUCGCUGUUUCAUACGGAGUGUGCAUUUUUUGAUAGGUAUAAGCGAAUGGAGUGGUUUUUGAAUUCUAAAAUAUUAUGUUAGGUGCAGUAUGAUUGUAAUAACGGUGGAUGAAGUGUACUUUUUAUAGUGUACUUUUUUUCUGAGUGGGUUGCAAUCCACUUUCUGCCACGUUAACCUGUCUGUAACCUGUAUAUUGAUAACUUUUGCCUAGAGAUAACAUUUGCUGACUUGUAUGUAAAAAAAAAAAAGAAAAUCAAGCAAGUAAGUUUCUAGCACUUUUGUCGUUGGGCACUUGAACUGAAUUUGCAUGUUCCCAAAAAAACUUCAUUAUGUAAAAAAAUUAAUAAUACUAUAUAUAUAUUGUAGUCGCUAAGACUAAGUUAGAAGAAUUUUUUUGAUGAAAAGUAAAAUAAAAAUAUGACUCGAUGGAAAAAUUAUUCAUUCAAUGUAGAGAAGUUAAAAAAACGUAAUUAAAAAAUGUUGUGUAGGUAAAUGUAACUUUUUGAAAAUAGGUAUAUUAUAUGCACAGCAUAAUACUUUUAACUGUUUGGAAGGUUUUGAGGGAAGAAAAGGAAUUUUCGGUCUCAACAGCGGGUGUUAUAUGCUCUUGGGGAAGUCGGGAAAAAAAAACUUAUUGUAAAAAUUGUGAAAACCAGGUUGGGCAUCAUACAGCACUUAUUUUCUGUUCCUACUCGUCCAUGUUUGGCAGUCAGGUAUACUGCGAAAAAAAAAAUAUAUCAAGGUGAUUUAACUAAACAGUUUCAACUCGUCCUGUUGGUAAAGCUGUCUCAGCCAGGGAUUAAUUACUUCAGUAUGGUGCUAGUUGCACGGAGUCUUUUCCCACUGCGUGCGUUUCCGCAACCACUCGACGAUAUCGACAGCGAAACAAAACAAUUCAAAUACAUACACAGUUUUCUAAUGACAACAGCUUUUUUAAUCAAGUGCUGCUGUGAUAUGUAUAGCACUUUGUCCCUGCCUGCCCUCGAAUUUUGAAGGGGAAAGAUCCAAAACACUUUAAUGUCUAUAGGAAUUGCCAAGAAAUUUGUUAUUUAAUUUUUACUCUUCCUUAACGUUUCUGAUGUAAGUUAUGUACAUGUAUAGACACACGCGUGAUCGUUACUUUUAAUGUUGAACUUGAGACUUUGAAAAUUUCGGCAUAGAAACUAUAAUGACACACAAACAAUACCUUCUUUUUUCAUUUGAAAUUUGUAAAAUCGUUUCUACAUAAUAUUCUGAAUACGAUGCUAGCAAAAAAAUGUUAACACACAGUUAUUAUUACAUGAAUUAAACUGCUCGUGUAUCUACAUACACAGUAAAUUAUGUUAACAUGUUUUAGAUUAAUGGUACACACUUGCGAAAUUUGUUUUUAUGUAUAUUCUUUGUAUGCCCAAUAUGCCAGUCUCGUUGAAUUUUAAGUUUUAUAUAAUUUUUGUGGAGGAUUUCCAAAAUCGCGUGUGUGAUGCAAAACAAAAAAGUGAAUUAUUUUAGGAUAAAAUAAUAAAGUACAAAACUACCAAUCUACCUCACAAUUUUCUUGAGCACCGACUUCAUCCAGCAUGCUGUACCGUGGCUUGUAGUUUGUUCCUCUCCUUGAAAACGAUCCUUAAAAAAGUGCAGCCGGGAAAAAAAGUUUCCUUUAAUACAGCCACAGUAUCUCUUAUUCAGAUUGAAAAAAAUUGUAGUGUCACUUCCUGGUUGGAUAUAAUAUUUUUAACUAACGUAAAAGUACAGACUCGCUAGUUAAAAUCCUUCACCACUUAAAUUGUAACCUGGCUCAUACCAAGCAGUUGAAAAAAAAAAACGAAAAAAUAAUAAUUUUUAAUUGAACUAAUAUACUUACUGUUAUUUUUUUUAGUAGUACCAAGUUAUGGGGAACAAUAUUUUGAGGUGUGUAUAGAGCGAUGGGUUUGUAGUAGUCAGUCAGUGCCAUUCAAAUGAGGCGCGAAUUACGAAAAUAGCGAUGUUGCGUGGGGGCACCUGAGUGUACAAAAAAUAAAAAAAUAAAUAAAAACAAAACAUUGCUGCUUUUCAUUUUAUUUUUAUUUUACGAAACUGUGAAUGUUGCAUAUAUGACUGUUCUUGUGGGGUAGCGACUCACAAGGUUUUUAAGUAUGGCGUUGACAUGCAUGCUCCUUGGUAACUAGAAUAAUAAAUUGUGUGUUGACAAGAGGUUUAUGAAGGUAUGGUGAAAAGAUGGUUGAUUUUAACAAGAACUAUUUGCAAUUAGUCUGCUGCUUUAUUUGUUGAAUGAUUCAUUGUUCUUUUGAUAAAAAAAAUGAAAAUAUUGAUUGUUUAGUAUGUAGGUUUUCAUAUUACACUCAACUAGUGAUAUAAUUAUUAAAUAACAGAUAACUGAAAUACCUGUUGUAUUCACGUCUUUAUUUUUCCCAGAAGGGGAAGGUAAAAUAACUAUAUCAAAUGAAAUUAUAAAUCUGUG